CAUUACUCCUCACGAGUCAAUAAAAGACAACAAAAUUCCUAAACAAAUAUCUCUCUUUGCCCCCAUGGCUCUCUCCUCUGCUUCAGUCUUCACCCAUCCACUCGCCAUCUCCACUCUCACGCGCCGCCCUUUAGGUGUUUCUCUCCGCUACCACCGUCUUCAUCAUCAUCGUUCCCCUACUUUUGCUACUUUAAGCUCUUCUUCUCAACCACCCUCAUCAACAGCAGUAACUCCUCCUCCUACUUCAGCCAGCGAAAAUACUUUGUUGUCUCAAACUCAUCAACACCCAAACCCAGGCAGCUUUAACUAUGCGUUAGCCAAUCCUAAAGGCGACUCAUUACUUGGUAUUGCUCGUUCCACCGAAUCCAACAUCGAAAAGGUAAUCUUUGACUUCCGUUUCUUAGCACUUUUUGCCGUUGGAGGUUCGUUGGCUGGUUCACUGUUAUGCUUUCUAAAUGGUUGUGUUUACAUUUUUGAAGCGUACAAGGUCUAUUGGACAGGCUGUGUUAAAGGGAUUCACACAGGGAAUAUGGUUUUACGAUUGGUUGAAGCCAUUGAUGUUUAUCUUGCUGGAACAGUGAUGUUAAUAUUUGGUAUGGGAUUGUAUGGAUUAUUCAUCAGUAACUUGAACCCGGAAUUGCCUGCCGAUGUCGAUCGUGCCCUUAAAGGCUCGUCAUUGUUCGGAAUGUUUGCUAUGAAGGAGAGGCCAAAAUGGAUGAAAAUAAGUUCACUGGAUGAACUGAAGACAAAAGUGGGACAUGUUAUAGUGAUGAUUCUAUUGGUGAAGAUGUUUGAAAGAAGCAAAAUGGUGGCCAUAAACACUGGCAUGGAUCUCCUUAGUUAUGCUAUCUGUAUUUUCCUCUCUUCUGCUUCUUUGUACAUCCUUCAUCAUCUUCACAAGCCUGAAUAGUUCCAUCACUCCCUCUCCUCUCACUUUCUAUAUACAUGUAGACACUAUUUUCUACACGUCAAACUGUUACUUUGUGGGAUUUGUAGAGAGUAACACAUGCACUACUUGGUUGGUAUUAAUAAGAGAAUUUGAGUCCUUAAUUUUUAUUUA